AGCGAUGGGUAUCUGAGGCAUGCACAUCCUAAAAGUUAGUGACUCUUGCCGCUUGUGGAUUGCAAGUCCGAGAGAAGCAGAUAACUCCUAGACGAUGAGACCGACUUAUGGAAUUUGGCUACUUGCUGUCACGAGAUUAAAUACAAUUUCUUGCAUGUUACGAAAGGAAACGCAAGAGAAGAUCUAAACGUUUUGUCAACACUCGGCUUGCAGACAAGCAGAGUAGCUACUAAUACAAUUACCUCUCAGAGAAAAUGGUCUCUUUUUGGAUAUGCAGCGUGUGGAUCCUACUUUUGUCAAUUCUUGACAUGGCUUUUUCCAGCUAUUCGGAGGAUCAGUGCAGCUGGAGAGGAAGUGGCCUGUCUCAGCAGCCAGGCAGUGUGGAGCAGAUCUCACUGCACUGUGCAGAGGGCUCCCUUGACUGGCUGUAUCCCAAGGGGGCGCUGCGGCUCACCCUGUCCCCCCGGCUACCCUCGGCCGCGGUCGGGCCUGGGGGCAGCAAGCGCAGCAGCUCCGGCCACAUCACUGCCUGCAUCAAGCCCGCCGAGAACUUCCGCGGGGCCCAGCUCUACCUUGAGCGCGACGGUGUCCUGGAGCUUCUUGUGAGUGACCGUCCAGAUUCCACCCAGUCUCCCAGGGUCCGCUGUUUCAGCAGGCAGCCGGGGGAGAGGGUGGCCCUCUUCCUGCAGGCCACUCCUCACCAGGACAUCAGCCGACGCAUCGCUGCCUUUCGAUACGAGCUUCGAGGGGACUGGAACACGCGGCUGUCCCUCGACUCUGACCCCAUCAGCAGCGAAGGCGCCUGCAGACCCUGCAAUGACACAGAGAUUCUGAUGGCUGUCUGCACCAGUGACUUCGUGGUGCGGGGAAACAUCCAGUCUGUAGUGGAGGACAGGGACCUGCAGGCCUCGGUCAUCAAGGUGAGCGCCACACGGGUGUUUCGGCAGAAAUAUGCUCUCUUCUCGGGCGCGAGCCGCCUUAGCAAGGCUGGAGAGAUCCGCACCCUGCUGCAGUGUGGCGUCAGGCCCGGGGCGGGAAGCUUCCUCUUCACGGGCCAAGUCCACUUUGGGGAGGCGUGGCUUGGCUGCGCACCGAGGUACAAGGACUUCCAGCGGGCCUAUGACCUGGCCAAAGAAGCACGGCAGAUUCCCUGUGAGCUAGCAUCCGACUGAGGCAAGGUGACCGCUUCAAGACAAGGCCUUGCCUUUGCUCAGCCAUGCCCCUCCGAGCACCCAUUGGGGCGCCUGUCAAAGGGUGUCAUUUUGGCGUGGAAGACCCCUUCUGCAGUUUGGGAGAGAACGAGACCCACGGUUUCAAGGUGAAGAGGAAACCCAG